UCUAGGUAGCGACUUCUCCUAGAUAGCUACACUGCCUGCACACGGGCGACAGGGCAAACGCAGUAUGUCGCCAGUGCAGUUUACCCUAAGUAGCUAGUAUCAUGACCUACAAGCGUGCAUAGCCAUAUUGAGUCACAGCUGCACGGCACCGGCGAAGCAAACCGUCCAGCGCCGGCCGGUGUGGCCUUUCAGCAGCGCAGCAGGUUUGCAGUGGGCCCCCUGCGAGCGAUUUAUUGUGCGUAUUUGAAAUCAUUAGAGACAUGGAUGAAGAUGACGGCUGGACGGUGGUGCGCGGGAAGGGCAAGGCCGCCAAGCGCUCACCCCUCAAGCGUGUGCGCGACGAGUGCUGCCCCGGCGACGGCGGGCCGUGCACAGCGGCUCCGGCGGACAGCGCUGCAGCCACGCAUGGGCCCAGCCAGGGCAACACCACCGCCGCCGCCGCCGCCCCAGGCUGGCCAGCGCCCGCUGCCGACGGCAACCGGCGGCCCGCCAAGGGCAACCGGCGGGGCUUCCGGGAGCGUACGCCCGCGGAGCAGUGCGACGCGCUCAUAGACGCAGUGAACACGUGCAGGCGUGAGGUGGAGGACAGCCCCUUUUACAUGAGCUUGUUAAAGGUCAUGCGUGAUGCCUCCACAAAGCUGAGCUACCUAGCCACCGGCAGCAGCAGCGGCAGCUGCAGUAGCGGCAGCGGUAGUGGAGGCGGCGACGACGGUUCAGGCGGGGGGCAAGACGGUGCCAUGGAGGGGGUGCACGGCGGGGCGGCGGCGGCGGUGGGGCCGCAGUCGGGGUCGCGCGCGGGCGGCGAGUGGCGGGCUCUGCGGCGGCUUGUGGUGUACGGGCUGGGCUCACCCCACGAGAGCCGCGUGUCCAGAUACCAGCUGGCGCUGGUGCUGCUGCUACGAGACCAGGUGCUGCCAGGGCUGCGGCAGCAGCACCCGGCGGCGGAGCCGAGGCCAGUGGGGGCAGAGCCGGGGCUAGCGGGUGCAGGAGCGGGGAUGGGGGAAGCGGAGCCCAUGAGCACAGAGGCGCUUGCGGCUGCGGGUGCGGGUGCGGGUGCGGAGGCGGGGGCCGCGGCGGCGCCCGUACAACAGGAGGGUGCCGUACAGCUGUACGACCCCGCGUUUGAUGACGUGGACGUGCUGGCGCUGCGGAAGCUGGGCCUGCAGGUGAUUGCUGUUAACGAGGGCGGCGCGCGGCGCGUGUCGGAGCCCACCUUCUUCUACCUGCCCCACUGCGAGGGAGUGCUGUGUGACGCAUUGCUCGGAGCCAACUGGAGUCCACCGGUGGGUGACAGCAAUGGCGGCAGCAAUGGCGGAGGUGGCGGCGGCGGCCUGCCGUCGGUGGUCAUCCUGGGAAACAGCUUCCGCACGUAUCAGGACAGGUGGGAGCUGCACGCAGCCGGCGGCGGCGGCGGCGCCAGGGCGGGCAGGGGCGAGGGCAAGCCCGUGCGGCCCAGCCGCAUCAUCCGCAGCUGCGAGCUAGGCGCGGUGGUGGAGCUGCGCACUCCCGACCUGCGCUUCCCCGCGCCCUCCGCCUUCAACGACAUGUCGCUGCACCUGUUCCCGCCCGGAGAGGCCCUGCAGCACCUGCUGGCACCCACACAGGAGGCGGCGCAGCAGCCGGAGCAGCAGCAGCAGCAGCAGCAGCCGGGGGCGCAGGGCGACGGUGUGCAGGGGAUGGAGUAGGAAUGGGGCGGCGUUGGCUGCGACAGGAAGGCGCAACGGCGGUCAGGGGACCUUGGCGUGCUGACCUGGAGCGUUGGUGAUGGUCAGUGAUCUCGUGAAGAAGGCACUGAUAUUGUGCGGAUUUAGGAGGUAGGAUGUAAAGCCACAGCUGUGUGAGCGAUGCCGGUGAAAGGCGAUGUGCUAGCGUGGUGGUCAGAGCGUAGGUGUGUCAGGACACGACACUGCUCCAUCAGUCGAGCACCUCAGCACCUCGGCUGCGUGUAUUCGCAUGCGAUGUAUGGGGGCAGCACGCAUGCAAGUUGAAGACUUGUGUUUAGAUGGAAGCCCCAAAUGCG